AUGCAUUCGACCUCUCAAGUUGUAUCAUCAGGGUUUCGCGAUGUCUUGGGCCCCAGCCCUCAUGAUGGAGAUAAAUACGCUACAGAUGACGGCGCAUGUCGGUUCCGUUGCACAACACAUUUGAAAGCGCCUAAUGUACCUACGGAUAGCAAGCAUGCUGGCUGCAGCCCCAUGCAAGAUUUUCCUGCCGAAACUGGUGAAUGUUAUCCAUCGAUUCCUGCGGCCGGAAAGCAGGAGGCUGGGCUAGGAAAGGACUUGACACAGGCGGACGAAGGCGGGCCCGAGGCAGAUCAUCUAGCGGGUUGUUCCUUGUCAAGAGAGGCUGGCAACAAACCAGUGGCCGUCAACCAAGACGAACUCAUGUUGGAACAGAUGCAAUCCUGGCCAUACUGA